AUGAGUUUUGUGGUCGAUGAUCGGAUAAGUCAGUUGCCCGACGACGUUCUUGUCGAUAUAUUGUCUUUUCUAUCGCUCAAAGAAGCAGCUCGAACGAGUGUUCUUUCGUCCCGUUGGAUAAACUUAUGGAAACAUAUAACUUGUCUUGAUUUGGACACGCCAGCUUCGCUCAAAAGCUUCGGACACAAGUACGUGAACUGGGUGAACUCCGUUAUCCGAUCAAACAAAUCCCCCACCUUAAAAAAAUUUAGGAUCCGUUUUCCUGCAGAUGGUAAUUCCAUUACUCAGUGGCUUGAAUUCGCGUUUUCCAGACAUGUUCGGAGUUUGGAGUUGGACUUUCCAGUUUACUAUAAUAACUUUUGUUUCCCCAACGAGUUAUUUGCCCCAAGAAGCAAUACGGUUCUCGAAUUUAAGUCCCUCAAAGCAUUGUCGCUUAAAAGAGUUACUUUGAGAGGUGGAGAAAUCGAGUUAUUUUUACGUAACUGCCCUUUACUCGAACAAUUGAUUGUCCAUACCGCAUGGAACAUACCAACGAUCGAAGUUUGUGGUCCAUCGCUCGUGCUGAAACACUUGGAGAUAGUCAACUGCACGGGCUUGCAAUCACUUAAAGUUUACGCUCCGAAUCUCGCCUCGCUUAGGGUUACGAGUCUAAAAGGAGUUUCGCUCGAGAAUGUUCCAAUGCUGGUUGAUGCAACCGUCAGUUGCGACUAUGAUAGUAUUUCUGUGAAACAUUUACUUUCUGUAUUGUCUAGCUGCAUUUCUCAAUUGGAGACUCUUAAUUUGGUGUUGUCGAAGAGUUACGAUAGAGAAACGAACGAGCUCUACAGUUAUUUCCCUGAAAUGCCUAAAUUGAAUAAGUUGGUCAUCGAAUGUUUUUCAUUUGACGAUCAAAGUCUCGUUAGGUUCGCUUCUCUGAUAAGGGCGUCUCCUUACUUGCAGGAACUUGUUUUACAUAAUAAAAGGUUAGAAGGUCGGCUAAAGCAUAGACAAGGGGACUAUGAUGCUGCAGCUAUUAAUGCAAGGUUUCGGCACGAGCAUCUUAAAGUGUUCAGAUUUUGUGGAUAUCAGUUUUGCUCCAGUAACAAUGCAUUAGUUCGGUACAUUUUGAAGAACUGCACAGUGCUUGAGAAAAUAAUAAUCGAUCCGUGUGUUAUAUUUUUUUACAACCGAUCAAGUCGCGUGAUGCUGGAAAAAAGUGCGAGAGACGUGGCAAAACAACAUAUUGAGCCGCAAUUGCCUCACGGCGUUGAAUUGGUUAUUCUUUAACUUUCUCAAUUGAGACUAAUACUUAGUAUAUGUGUCGUGAACAACAAUAUUGAAUGUUGGAUUUGAUACUUCAAUUAACAUCAAUUUGAAUUCAAUUAAUUUUGAUUUUGGAACAUAUAUUUUUGAUAUGAAUCCCAAAAGUUCCGAUUUCUAAUUUCCAAUUUGUAUUUCUAUUUUUUAUUUUUGAUUGAAAUUGGAAUAAAUAUUUGAAUGGAAAACAGCUAAGCAAGGUAAAAAUGAAUUAAAUUGAUUAGCUAGCUCACACGAUAAUCCGAUAAAUCAUAAAGA